AUGGCCACAGCGACGCUGUCUCAACCCGCAGCCGACAGCCACCACUUUAGUCUGCCAACCGACAAAUACCGAGGUGCCGUUGUCGAGGAUCUGCAGCUUUCCCCGGCAUUCACUGUGCACUCAAGCGAUACCAUUUUCCGAGCUAUCGAAUCUGCUUAUGAGCGCGAUUUCUCGCAUAUCCCUGUACUGGAUCGGCACCGCAAACCACUAGGCUAUAUCGAUGUUGCUACGCUGAAAACGCAAUGGGAAGCAGGCAAAGCUGACGCUGGGGACAAAGUUAACAAGUACAUGACGCGCUUUACCCGCACUUCUGAGCAACCCUACACGGUCAUCACACCACUGACGCCACUCAACGAGCUCGAAACAUUUUUGAAACACAACAUAUUCGCUAUCGUGACUGACCCUAGUCGGAAAUUUGUUGUUGCAUUAGCCACACCACAGGAUCUCCAGUCAUUUGUGACAAGACAUGGCUUUGGGCUUUGA